AUGCUGUUUCUUGUAAUCACGGCGUUGGUAAUCACAACCUCCUCCGGAAGGAGAGAGCUUUCAGAACUACAAGAAGCUGAGAUUCAAAGACACUUGAAACGAAUCAAUGAGCCCGCUGUCAAAUCCAUCAAGAGUUUAGAUGGAGAUAUAUUUGAUUGUGUUAACAUCACCAACCAACUUGCCUUUGAUCAUCCUUUACUAAAAAACCACACUAUUCAGUCGGGGUUCAUAAGUACUCAGUUAUGGCAAAGGAGUGGAAAAUGCCCAGAAAACACCGUUCCAAUAAGAAGAACAACAAGGGAAGAUCUCCUACGAUGGGGUUCCAUCGAAAGUUACGGGAAAAAGGAUCCAAAUAGCAUCCGUAACUAUGGAUCUCACCCAGCUGCAAAUAAUGAUCCCACUGUACAUGAGUAUGCCAUAAUUCGAGGGAGAAGAGGAGGAAUAUAUAACGGAAUAGAGGCUGCAAUCAACGUGUGGAAACCACAUGUUCAAGAAUUGGAUGAGUUUAGUUUGGCCCAGAUGUGGAUUUUGGGGGGCAUUGAUGCUCCGGAUCUUAAUUCCCUCGAAGCUGGUUGGCAGGUGUAUCCAAGAUUGUACGGUGACGAUAACCCCCAGUCUCUUUAUUUUUUGGACCGCUGCUACAACCACAUGUGUUCCGGUUUUGUCCAAACCAACCAAGGGAUCGGUGUUGGUGCUACCUUUGACCGAGUUUCAACCUACGAUGGCGAACAAUUUAUGGUCACACUACUUAUAAUGAAGGAUCCCCAGAGUGGAGAUUGGUGGCUCAUAGUGAAUGAUGUGAGUGUCGGGUAUUGGCCGAAAUCAAUCUUGUCGCAUCUAAAGGGCUCUGCCUCGGCCGUCGAAUGGGGAGGCGAGAUCUUGAACUUUAAAGUAGGCGGCCGACACACGAGCACCGGCAUGGGAAGCGGCCAUUUUGCGGAGGAAGGGUUCAAGAAGUCGUGCAACAUGGACCACAUUUCCAUAGUCGACGAGCAUCAUGCCAAGAGGGAUGCCGAGAUCGAUCAAGCCUUCAUGGAUAAUGCGAAAUGUUACAAUUUAGCUCAUGGGAGUAACGAUCCUAAGUGGAGAACUUACAUCUACUUUGGCGGACCAGGUCAAAACCCUGGCUGUCCGUGA